ACUUGUUCCAUACUUAAUUUCAUCAGCUUCAUUUCCUCUGCCUAGACUUUCAAAGGAACACCAAGUGCUGCAGAUAAAAUGAAGGUGUAAAAGCUCCUGCCCAGAAGCUAAAUCAGAAUCAGACGUCAACACAGGUCAGGCUCAGUCUCUGGCAGGAUGGUAGGAUCAUUGUUUUUAAUGCAAUUUACUAAUUAAAAAUGAGUACCAGAUUAUGGGAAGUCUGGAAUGAAGCGGCUUACUAAAAUAGUGUUUAGCUCCUUGAACUGGCUGCAUCAGAUUCUGCUUUUCAUUAAGCUUUAAUUCACUUGACUCGCUUGGCAAUUAUCAAAUAGUCUUUUGAAAAGAGCAGAGGCGGUUCUGGUGCAGAACCAUCUUCCGUGUUUAGGCUGCAGCCACUUCGACUGCAGAUGUAAAUCUACAGGAGGGCUGCGGCAGGCAUGUUUUAUUCAGCAGAUGUACUGUAAACGCAUUACAGCAGAUUAGCUGGAUUUCUUCCUUUAAAUGUACACUGCGAGGUCCAGCUUGCGAGCCAGCUCUUUCUUACUGGCCCAUGUAACCUUCCAGAGCCCGGCUCGGCGUCCUCCUUCAGCGGCUAUUUCUGUAACGGAUCGGACGAGCGACAGCGCCGUGAUGAAUUUUAAUGCUUCCACGGGGAAAUCCCUCCCGCCUCCGCUUUCUGUAUGAGUUCCUCGAGGAAAGACCCAGAACACAGCUAGGAGGAGGAGGAGGAGGAGGAGGGGGACGGUGUAGCCGCGGUACUGGGGAGAGCGGGCAGUGAGAGCCGCCGUGAGAGAGGAGCCUGCCGCCGGCGGAGUGCAAUUAGGGAAGGUGGCGAGGACGAUCCCCGGGCGGGCAGAGGGGCGGCUGGGGAGAGCGGCGCGAUGGGGGAGGAAGAGGGAUGACUCGGGGCGUAUUUCGCUGCCUGACCCCUGCACGUCAGCAGCGGCAGCCGCCGGAGCGCCGCGGUCCCGCCGCCUCCAGCGGACACAUGCACCCUCCGGCAGUCCCCGGGGCCGGCAGCGACGGGGACAACGCCGAGGUCAUCCCACUGACACCGGGUCUAGGCGAGAGGCAAAGCCCGCGGCCCGGGCUCUAGACCGCCUCGCCAUCCGCAAGCAGCGGCCCGAGAGGAGGAGCCCCGGUCGGGCAGUGGGCCCCGGGUCCUACGCCAGCCGCCGGCACAGCCGCCGCUCCCACCGGCUCCCCCAUGGAUAAGGCGGGCUCGCUGCACACCUCGGUGCCCACACCUCCUCCUCGGCUCUACCUGCCUCGCAACUUCAGCUGCAGCGCCUGCCUCUAUGGCAGCCUGGCCGAGCAGUGCAGGGCGGGCUGCAGCCCCGACGGCGACGCUGUGCCCCCGCCCGUGGUGCGGGAAGCGGCGGACGAGAAGCCGAAGCCACAGCCCCGCGGCCGAGAGCCCGCGCUCCCCGCCGUGCCGCCCAGCCCCACGCAGCGCCGCCGCGCCAAGUCAUUGCCCACGCCCGGCGACCGCAGCCUGCGCCCGGCGCUGCAGCAGAGUCCGUCCCGCCGCAAGACUGUGCGGUUCGCCGACUCCCUCGGCCUGGAGCUCACCUCCGUGCGCCACUUCUGCGAGGCCGACCUGCCGCAGGUGCCGCUGCCCGCUCCGCCGCGCACCGCAGACCUCUUCAAGACCAGAAAGCCACCGGCGCUGGGCGACUUGGAGCCGGUGCUGUUCGGCCCGCCGCCGCCGCUGCUGGAACCGCUCUUCCCGCCGCAGCCCGGCUCCAGCCCCGGCUUCACGGAGCGGGUGCGGCAGCACAAGGUGAGGUUGGAGUGGGUGCGGGCCGAGCCGGCGGGGCUGCGCGGAGCCGUGCGCGUCCUCAACCUCGCCUACGAGAAGGCCGUAACGGUGCGCUACACGCUCAACAGCUGGGCCAGCUGCGCCGAGGUGCCCGCUGCCUACCAGGCACCCGGCCCGGCGGACGGCAUCACCGACCGCUUCACCUUCCUCCUGACCCUGGGCGCUGCCGCCGCCGCCGCCGAGGCCGUGCUGGAGUUCGCCGUCCGCUACCGAGUCGCCGGCGCCGAGUACUGGGACAACAACGAGGGCAAGAACUACCGGCUGCGGGGCCGGCAGCGCGGCCCCCCCGCCACCGGCCCGCUGCAGGACCCCGACAGCUCCGCCUGGAUCCACUUCAUCUGAGGCGCGGAGGGAGCGCGCAGCCCCGGGGCCGGCUGGCCGGUCUCGCGGAAGGCUGAGGCACGGCGGGUUCCCGUCACGGGAGCGCUCGGCGCCUCUCCGGCCUGGCCGGCUCUCUGCCCACCCGGGGUCCGCGGCCCAGCGCAGGCGCCGCUUCUCUGUUAGUCACCGGGAGGUACCUUCCUGAAUUCUGUUUACAGACGGGUAAUUUAUAUCCUCUAUCCCGCCAGCAAUGCCGAGGGGAUGAAUGCCCGAGGGGAUGCCCUCCGGGCUGCCGCAGCGGCUCCAGGGGGGAGCCGGUUUCCUCCCUGGUCUCCCGGUGCACCGCGGCUCUCUCCAGAGAGGGGAGGAAGGGCAGUGAGGGCCGCAGGGCACUGACAGAAUUCCCUGGUGAGGACCAGGAUCCGCGGGUACAGGCGCACGCUGCCGGUCAGCACCCGUUGCAGCCCCCUCAGCAGGGUCAGGCUGUGUAACGCGCAGGGCAGUGUCGGAGGGCAUCGCCCAGCCGCUUUCCUUCCCUAAUCCUGCUUAAGCAAAGCCCGGCUCCGGCGGGCGGCUGGAUCCGUGUUCCACUCCGUGACCCACUCGUGUGGGGUGGGCCUGAUAGGGCAGGGUUAAGGGUCAGAUUGCAGUUUUGAACCCAAAGACACAUGAGUACGGAUGCCCCCAGGUCUAGCUAUGUUACAUCAUGCUGUGAAGGUGAUUGAUGGGAUUAAUUAUAGUUUUACUUUUUUUCUUAUUUUGAACCCCGUUUCAUGCAUUUAAACUUAUUUAGAAAAGCAAAAUAACGUCACACACUAACUGAAAUGCAACACACUGAGGGAUUUUAAAAAGCAAGUGUUCUGUUUUAAAAUUCAUAUGGUAUGUUGUCAUAAAGGUUUGUCAGGAUCUGCUUGUUUCAGUAAGAUCGAUUCCAUGAAGGUGCUUGAUCUUGGGACAGUGGGAAGGGUGUGGAAUUGCACCAAAGGAACUAGAGAUUGCAAGAGCUGAAGUCAUAAUUCCAGUCUACAUCCCAAGACUUUCCAUUCUAUUCCUGUUAACAGUUUAGUUGAAUUUCUAGUGCCACGGCAUCAGUGCAGUAGCCUACUUUCUGAAAAACAAAUGCUUGAAAUGUUUCAUAAUAAUUGUAGUAAGUUGCAGAUUUCACAAAACUGCCUAAAUUUAGUCAUUCAAAUGGAGGAAAGCCAUAGCUUGCCAUAUAAAAAAUAUGUCAAUAAAAAUUACAGAGCAUGUUGACUUCUGCCUUCAAAGGUAUAUUUUAAAUUAGCAUUUCAUUAGCAGUAAAUAGUAUUUUCCCUUUUAAACUUGUUUUUUCAGGAGUUUAGCUGAACACAGGUUGUGCUGCUGCCAAAUCUGAGUGCAUGUUUUUGCAGGAGAGGGACCUCUACAAAUACGAUAUCUGAGAGUGGUAAAACCAAUGUCAGAGUGAUCUUCUGAUUAUGAAGGGCUGUCAGAUCAGGCCUUUAAAGUCUUGGAUCUUUUGUAGAUUGUUUAGGAAUUAAAUGUGGUUUUUAACUGCAUUUUUGUGUUCUGCAAAAGGGUUAUGUGUCCCAGACAUCUUGAGUAAUGUCACGUUCUCAUAGAACCUUUUGACUUCAGUGGGAAUUGAGAAGCACUUUUGUCUCCUGAGGGUCUGAUUUAGUCAGGAUAAUUACCCUAAUAAAUUCUGGGGGGAAAAAAGGUCUGGAAACUUGAUGGGAAAAGAGUGUUUCAUUUAAUGUUUCUAAGUUCUGAUUUAAUAGAAAUAAUAGCAAAACUACUUUCUGUGGUAUUAUUAACUUGGUUUAAAAUCCCUAGUCAGUUUUCUAAUCCCAGCUUUUUUAAUAGAGAAUAUAAACCAAAUGUGUGGUAAGCAUCUACUGAGUAUUUAAUAGUUUAGAAUAUUAAGGCCCCUCUCUCAUAAUAAAGUAAUCCUCUAUGUUGCUGGUACACAUUUAUAAAGCUAAAACUGCAGAAUUAGGGUUUCAAAACGUUCAUGAUUAAAGCAUAUUAAGUGGUGUAUUUGAUGAAGAAAGCCAAGUGUCUUUUAGUUAAACCUAUUUUUUUUACAAGAGCCUUAAUACUGGAGAGAAGGAAAAAGACUUGUCUCCAUUUGAAAGCACUUUGAAAUCUGGUGGAAAUAGAGCAUAGCGUCUUUUUAUUUAGUGUUGUAGCUUUCCAAAACAUGUUUUGCUUGGCUAUUCUACCCCAAAAGUUUUACCCCAACACCCAUAGCUGUUAUGCAAAUUGAUGAAAACACUUGGAGAAAUAAAGAGUUUCUAUGCAUUUUAGAUUAAGAUUUAACAAGAUGUCUUUUCUACUGUUUUAAUGGCUUUAGAAAUACAAGUGGUGCUAAAACCAUUUUUAACAGUAACUCUAAUUCUAGAACUUCAAAAUUAUCUUCCAGUGGAUGGCAGUUGUCAUUGUCAGUUUGAUUUGUGCAGCAUCUGCAGGUAUGUAAGCAUUUAAAAAUCUCCUUAUAGCAACUGUGGCUUAAACUCUUUGAAUCUGGAGUACCUACAUGGAUGUACGUGCAUCAAGUACACUAGCAAGUUGUUGAGUUACCCUGCUUUUUAUCAUGGCUUAGGUGAAAUUAAUCUUGGUCUCUGUUGAAAUGUUCGAGGCAGAAUUGAGCUAUGGCUUUGUAAUUCUGUUCAGGGAUUGUUGCUCUAUAAUUUAUUCCCCCUUUUGUUAUACACGGGUCUGAAUAUUAACCAUUUUGAGGAUGCAGAGUACCAGAGCAGCAUUUUGCAAAACAGAGUCUCAAGCAGUUAAGCCUGUCCUCAUCACUAAAUUUUGUGAGUAACAAUAUGGGUUUGAACAUGAUCACAGGUUAUCGAUAUGUGCAAGUCCAGUAAAAGACAUGGCCUCCUGGAAGCAUUUCUAAACACCUGCUUUUUAAAGUCUGGAAAGGUAAGGUGGUGCCUGGUCAGCUUUGACUGGAGAAGGUUGUUAAUGAAGUCUGUGGAAGAAGUUUGCAGUGUUUUAAUAGAAAUUUAUCAGGUAUGUGUCAAAGCUGCCCUGCUUUGAGUACAUAUUUUUCACUUCUAUCAUAUUAAUCUAUUUCCAUUUGAGAUUUAUUCAGAUUUCCAAACACUUAUUCAGUGUUCAGUUGCAAUGACUGUGAUUGUUUUCCCCCCAGCAGAAUGCAUGUACAGUUUCCAGUCCUUUAGACUUCAACCUGAUGUUAUCUAUGUGUGGCUUGCUGGAAGUAUUACGAUCAGUGGAGAUGAAAUAAGAAUUCAAAAGAAUAAUUAUAUAAUAUUUACAUAACUGGUGACUCUGAGGAGGAAAACCUGGAGAGGAUAGUGUUCAAGUUUAUGAGACAGCAAUCAUUUUAACAGGAGCUGGAGCAAACCAACUUUUUAAUAUCACAUUUCUAAAGAAUAUAGUUCCACAAAAUGCACUGUCACAGGCAAAGCAAAAUAUGUGAAAAUUUUCAAGCCAACCUUUUUCUGGAGAAUAUGUCAGCUCUUUUUAUAUGCAUGAAUAGAGCCUGUGCCACCUUCCUUUCCAAGUGAUACUAGAAUGGUUUAGGCAAGGAAAUAAUCCUUAGGUUGUGUACUUCACUUUUAAGUGAGUUAUUCAUUGCUAAUGUCUCUGUGGAUGUAAAAAUGUGUCUGUCAUUAAUUGUGCAAAGUUGUAGCUCUAUGAGAUGUGCCACGGUGUUUUAUGUCCACUAUAAAGAUACUUUAUACAGUGGGUCAAAUUGUACUGUAUGUCUGAUAUACAUUGAUGUUUGCUGCUUCACACCAAAAUUGGUAGAUAUUUUGCAUGGGAUUCUAUGCCUUUCAUGGCAGUAUUUUUGAAUUUUACCUAUAUUGUUAGAAAUCCUAAAAGGAAUCAGAACAAUUAAGUGACUGCAAAUGGAAUUUCAGCUAGCUAAACAUAUUAUUAUUUACUAGCAUAAAAUCAGUAAUUGAAACUGUUGCACUCAUUUUUAAUAAAUGCACAUACUUUCAGGUAAAAUAUAUUUUUGUCAUUUUACCAUUAGCAGGUAACAUUUUGAUGCAGAUAUGUGUGCAAGAAAAUCAGUGCACACUUUUUGUUGUUUCAGCAUAUGUGAAGGAAAAAUGUAUCACUUGAAUGAACAAAUGCCUGUUCAUGCGUACACAUGAUCUCUUUACAGAGACAUGAAAUGCUUUUCCAUAGCAUCAACAGGCAAUCUUCUAAUCGUAUAUUUUAAUGUAACCUACAGAAAUACUUAGAACCUGCUUUUUAACAUAAUAUCAAAUAUAGAUUGAAAUUUUUAUGUGCCUUUCAACAUUUCCUAGGAAGAAAUCUCAUGGGUUCCCUAGUUCUCCAAAAGUCCAAUAAUGUUUUUGUCAUUAAAAUGAAAUUUGUACUAAAAAUAUAAUAAUUCUAAUUCAUGAUACAUUUUCAGCUGUGCCAGAAAUCCUGUAUCUGUAACAGCCAGAAGGAUUUGCUAAUAUUUUCCUAUCUUACAGUGAAAUAAAUUACAGUCAGAAAUCUGUCUUCCUGGUACACCUCUACAGUUAAUGUAGUUAAGUAAAAAAAACCCAAAACUGUGACUAUAGUUAAUAUAACAAAAUAUAUUUAUUGUAUAUAUUAACCUCUUACACAGAUAUUAUGAAUAUAUAUUCUAUCUGAAAUCAGAAGUUCUAGUUUUUUAUGAACUCUGUUUGUGGAGACAUGGACUGUUCAGCUUUUACUGCUAUGUAUCUGAUGCUGCAUAAUGCAUACCAUGAAAACUUUUGGAUGGAUUUAAUCUGUCUGCACGGUUUAUAACAUGAGAUGAAAGUGCUCACUGUAAGGAAUAUCUGAAGAAAAUGGCUUUUACCUUCCAGUUAUACUGCAUGGCUUUUUUGGCAAAUCUCCAUAAACUAAUUCUGUUUCCUGUAUGCACUUCACAUGUACCUAUUCUGAAUGCAAGAAGGGAUUACUUACUGAAAUGAAAAUAUUUUUGAGCACUGAAAUUAAGGUUUUUCGAACAAGUAGUUUAAGGUAGGGAGUAAAUACAGACGUUUGUGCUGUAAAAUACAGAACCCUAGCCUUACGCAGAACUGAUCAGUGUUUUUCUAAAAUGGAAGAUGGUGACAUCUCUAAAAUGAAACAUGUUCAGGGAAACAUACCUGUGUCAAUAGGAAGGUUUUCUCAGGUUCAGCUUAUAUGAGAGAAUUGCCCUAAAAUAGUUAAGUGGUCAGAGUACUUCCUAAAUCAGUGUAUGGACUUGAAUGUAUGUCUUCCAUGAUCAAAAUGAAUACUGAGCUAUAAAACCACGGGCUAUUGGUUUAGCCAAUUUAUAAAUACAUCUGUUAAAUUAUUCUACAGAGAGGAUUUUUGACCCUGGAUUUCAUACAUAUUGUAUAUGAAUAUCCACCUCAUUCAGCUAUCCUGGGUUUUGUUUGGGCUUUCUGUUACUGAAAAAGGUCUGAUUUUAUUUUUAUGUGACAUAGGAAGAUUAUUUUACAUUACAUUUUUAAGGGGAUAAGACAGGAAGACCAUUUUCCUUUCAAUUUUAGUUUUUUAAUAACAACAGCAUGCAGAAUAAAAAUGUGCUUGAAAUAAUAUACACUAGCGAUUCCAAAGAAUAUAGCUAAGACAAAUGGCAAAUGUGAGAUAUGCUUUAAUAAAACAUAUGUGCUUUGAUUUAGUAAGGCAGGGAGAAAAUCCUGGUCUUCAGUGCAAGUGUAUUAAUGCUGGGGAUUUCUUUCUAUGCAAUAUUAUGGUGCACCUGGUUUUUUAGAAAUUAACUUGAUUGGUGUAGUUGAUGUAUUGGUGUGUUGUCUAUAAAAUAUUAUGUUUAAAGUGUCAGUAAGGAAACUGUAUGUCUCAAAUAGUGUUAUAUUGUUAGGCUCUUUCUUGUCCGAUCUGACUUCACUAGAUCAUAAUCAUAGUCCUCUGAAUGACAGUAAGAAGACAAUAUUUCAUAAAAUUGGGUAAUGAAGUCUCACAUGUUAUACUUCACUCUUUAUCACUUCUAGGACAAAAAGUUGUGUUACUGUUGUGAGUUAUAAUUUUUUUUGUAUUUGUGUCUUUAAAAUAAGCCAAAUUGUAUUAUGCUUUUAAACUCAAAAAGCUAAGAUUUGUUUAUAAAGCUGAUGAAAAAUAUUAAAACUAAAGUCAGUUGGGGUUACUUCAAGUCCAGUUUCUAAGCUCUGGUAUAGCAAGCAUACAUGUACAUCUUGCAAUUGGCUUCAUGGAAGUGCACCCUGAUGUGAACUUAAUGCAUUUUAAGGCUGAUACAAAAUGAUCUCUACCUGGGUGCAAAACCUGCCUACAUCUGGACAUGAAUCCGUGUUGUAAUGGGGAAAAAUGACUGCUGUGACAGAAAGUUACUGUUCUUGGAAGGAUUUAAAGAAACCCAUCCCCUCCUUUAUGGUGUUACACAAGCUACUUCUCUCUGUAAGGGAGAUGCUGUCUGUUGAAGACGGUUUUUAUUACUGUUUCUUUGAUUUACCUUGACUUUGUUUAAAAAUGAAAAUUGUUUCUAACUGUGUAUUUAACUGGUAAAUUACUUUUGGUUGUAGUUUCUUCUGCAAUGUUUGUAUUUCACCAAGUAAUGUUUGUUUCUAAUGUUUGUAAAAGUAAUAUCACCAAAAAUUCAACAUCAGUGUUUUAUAAUAUUGCCUUGUAAUUUACCUAGCCUUACAGUAUUUCAGAUGAUUUUCCACCAAAACCGCAUCUAGUCACUGGUUGUCACAAUUAUGAAAAUAUAUAUUUAUAAGCCUGUAGAUUUGAGCUGUCAUUAAAGAUUAAUGAUAAAAAUUGUGA